AUGAGCGGCGACUUGGAAAAUGGCGUCCAAGCCCCUGAUGUCCUCCUGGUGGCUGUGGACGACAGCGAGGGCAGCGACAAGGCCUUCGACUUUGCAGUGCGCCACUUGCACAAGCCCGGCAUGGAGCUGCAUCUGGUGCACAUUGUUCCACGCCUCCAUUUUGCAGCGGCCUACGGCGUACCUCCGGUGGAUUUUGUCCCCGUGGCAGACAGCAAUGAGUAUGAGAAGGUGAUCCAGAGGGCCGAGCAGUUCAUCAUCAACCGCUUCGUCAACAAGCUGCCUGCUGACUUCACCCCCAGCCCCGUUGUUCACAUCAUCAAG